UAAUAAGCCAGCGCAAAGCUGUGUGAAAUAUUUGGUGCGUGGAUUCAGGAUAACACAGUGAGGGUUGUUCAGUCGAGGAUCCAGUCGAGCCCUGUACCGGUAGCGGAUAUCGUACUGUCGAUGUCUUGUGUGGAAAUGCGGAUGAUCUGGCUAGUACCGGUAGCUAGUAGGGAAAACUAGAACUCAAUACUGCCACCUGGCCAUGCAAGUGAUGCUCGGCACGACUGAGCAAUCAACUCUUCCUCCUUGUGGGGCAUUCCCAAGCCUCGCAACUUCGGCCGCGCACAACUCAACAAAGGAUGUCUUCCGACCGUGAAAUUAACAGCCGAGCUCAUGAGGCUCCUGCAUGGUGGCAGCGAUAUGCGCAGCAUUGCCUCCUUGCAAUUUUUCUGGCUGGUGCGGUUGUUCUCAUCGUUACCAAUCGUAGCCAGGAACCAAAAUUCCAAUCGGAUCGCUUUGUCAGCGACCUCUACAGCGGGAGGCUGAACAUGGCAUCCCCAGGCCCGUCCGAGAGCCCUUCCGAUUCCCCUUCUGGAUACCCAAACAUGCAACCCUCUGCAGGUCCUUCCGGAAUGCCAAUGGGUGCCUCUUUGAUGGACUUGGAAGGUAGCUACAUGCAAUCAAUGUCACAUAGUUCGACUCAGCAGGUCCAUGGAUUUGCCCUCGGAGGAGACAGCUUUGAAUCCAAACAAGAGAAUGCCAUCAAACAGACAAGCAAGGAACCCGUGUCCACUUUUUCUGUGGAUGUUGACACCUCUUCUUACUCCUAUGCCCGUCGUCAUCUGAAGAAAUGGAGCAUGCCUCCACCCGAAUCCAUCAAGAUUGAAGAAUUGAUCAACUACUUUGACUAUGAUUAUCCCCAGCCAGAGGACAAGAGUGUCCCUUUUGAGACUUCUGUGGCUGUGUCUGACUCCCCUUGGAAUAAAGGCAGGAAGCUGCUGCACAUUGGCAUCAAAGGGUAUGAUGUGGACCCUGAGACUCGCCCGUUCAGCAACAUUGUCUUUCUUGUGGAUGUCUCUGGUUCCAUGGGUUCACCCGACAAGCUUCCCUUGGCAAAGGAAGCAAUCGAAAUGCUUUUGAGCAAGUCACUCCUCCCAGAAGACCUUGUUUCCAUUGUCACCUAUGCCAACAAUGUCAACGUCCCCUUGUAUCCCACUCCAGCAGCCCAGAAGGACAAGAUCUUGAAAGUCCUUUCUUCUCUUCGGGCUGGUGGUGGCACCUGGGGUGGGGGUGGUCUUGAAAAAGCAUAUGAGCUGGCAGAGAAGAACUUUGACAAGGAUGCAGUCAACAGGAUUAUGCUAGUGACUGAUGGAGACUUCAACAUUGGCAAGAUGGACACUGCUUCUCUACAGAAGUACGUGGAAGGCAAGAGAAAGACUGGAAUCUUCCUCUCUGUGUUAGGCUUUGGAAUGGGCAACUACAAGGAUACAACCAUGAAGGCCUUGGCCAACCAUGGCAAUGGAGUGGCUUCCUACAUUGACGCCUUGGAGGAAGCAGAGAAAGUCAUGGUCACAGAAGCCUCUUCGACUGUGUUUCCCAUUGCAAAGGAUGUCAAGGUGCAAGUUGAAUUCAAUCCUGCCAUGGUUGCAGAGUAUCGCUUGGUGGGCUAUGAAAAGAGACUGUUGAAGAGGGAAGAUUUCAACAAUGACAAGGUGGAUGCUGGUGAUAUUGGUUCUGGACAUACUGUAACAGCCAUGUAUGAGAUUACCCCUGUUGGGUCCAAGGAUGGUCUUGUGUUUGAUGAGUUGAGGUAUGGCAAGAAGGCCAGUCGAGAAAUGCAAGAAUCUGAUGGUGGCAACAACCAGGCCUUGGAUCAGGAGUAUGCCUUUGUCAAGAUGAGGUACAAGCUUCCUGAUGAAUCAGAAUCCAAGCUCAUCAGCAAACCAGUUUCUGUAGAGGAUCACAUGGACAAGCUCGUGGCCAUGGGAGGGCCCAAGGUGCAAACAGUCAUGCAAGAGUUUCAGUUUGCUACUGCUGUAGCCAGUUUCGCUCAGCUCUUGAAAGGAAGUGAUACCAUGAAUGACUCAAUGGACUAUGAAAAGGUGAUUGAAAUGGCUGAAGCCAACAUGGGCGAUGAUCCCCAUAGGUACCGCAAGGAGUUUAUCAACUUGGUCCGCACAGCCAAGAGGAUGGGUCAAGAACAGGAUUUGUGAGUGUGGUGCCUGUGAGGAGAAGUUUGCCUUGAUUGUACCGUAGGAUAAUGAGUUUAGCUUUCUGAUAUUGCCUGCAGAAAACCCAACUCUUGUUGUAGAUGUUCUACAUGUAUAUCAAGCUCUUGCGCUUGCUCGUGCUCGCAGAGAUUUCUCAUCUACGCAA